ACGUGUCUUUUCGCAAAUAACAGCAACUAACUGACACAACUGUUUAUUCUAUUUCUAGCUGUCUCGGAACUCUGAUUACAAUCUCAAGACCACCACAUCCUUUGUCUUCCGAAAACACCACCAUCAUUUUCAACUCCUUCAAAUUGUCUCAUCACCAACACAACAAAUCCAUGGGAAAGGUCAAGUUUUUUAAGCAGGAAUCCACAUUUGAUGAUAGACUUGGAGAAUCAAAGAAUAUCAUUUUCAAAUACCCAGAUCGAGUUCCUGUGAUUAUUGAAAGAUAUUCAAGGACGGACCUGCCAGAAAUGGAAAAGAGAAAAUACUUGGUUCCCCGAGACAUGACUAUCGGCCAAUUCAUCCACAUUUUAAGUAGUAGACUAGAGUUAACUCCUGGAAAGGCUCUGUUCAUUUUUGUGAAGAACACGUUGCCUCAAACAGCAAGUCAAAUGGAUUCAAUCUAUGAAUCUUACAAGGACGAUGACGGAUUUCUGUACAUGUGCUACAGCAGCGAAAAAACCUUUGGCUAAGCUGUAUCAUCCUUUCUCUUGAAUACUUCAUUUCUGUCUUUGUAAGUAUCAAAUAAUUCUCUGUGGACAUGCCUGUAUGGCUCAAAGCCAAACCCAUGUAAAUAAGUGUUCAUACGAUUCCUUCUGUAAAUUAUGACGUACUGUAAAGUAUAUCAAACUAAUGCAGGAGUGUUAUAUGA